AAGAGAGAAGGAGGCGGGGCGGAGCUUUACCCGGGAACCGGGAGGCGGGGCUUGCGGAAACCCAGAGAAAAGGGGCUCCGGAGAGCGGAGGCGGCGCAAAACAGACGCUCUUCUUCUCCCGUUUGCCUUCUGUUCAGGUUUCCGUCGCGCCUCCUCUUUCCCAGCUCGUCCCCAUCGCUGCUGAGCGUCGUUCGGCUUGCAGCCCUGCUCGCCUCCCCGAGGGCAGCUGCGAUGCGCCUGAUCCAGAACAUGGGGACCAUCGCCGAGUACCCCCAGGCAGGGAGCACCCCCAGCGGAGAUAGCUGCGGCUCGGGCCGCCCCCGACUCAUCAAGAUCGCCGUGGUGGGAGCCAGCGGGGUGGGCAAGACCGCCCUGGUGGUGAGAUUUCUCACAAAACGGUUCAUUGGAGACUAUGAACGCAAUGCAGAGCGUGCCACUUCGCUGAAGCCGAGAAUCGAGUCUUUGUUGCAGCCAGAAAACUCUUAGCAUCAGAUCGAGGCUGAACCCAAUAGUUCCACAUCAAUACGUGGAGAUGUUCUUGUUGCUCUGAAAUGCCUGAAAGAGUUUUGUACCU